GACAACUGUGGAGAGUAACUGAAGGAGGCUCGGCCACCACACGUUGUAACCGAUAGUAACAGAUUAUCCUCGCCUCUCAUCUGGAGUCUUCAGGUAGUCGUCAUUAACGCCACAAACCUACUCCGCUGCACAGAUCGCUGACCCAGAAGGAUGAGUGAUGAUCAAAUGGUUGUGGCGCUGAAGGAGUGGAUAUCGGAGCAGGCAGAGAUCCCAGAGACGCCAGAUUCGGACUUGAGACUGUUUGUCCACAGCAGUGGAAGAGAUAUGGAAGCUGCAAAGAAACUUUUGUCCAAUUACUAUUCUCAUCGAGUGAGUGGCUACGACAAUCUAUUCAAGGACCGUGAUGUUGACAACGAUGCUAUGACGAGUAUCAGAUCUUUAUACCAGACUUUUAUGAGCCCAAAGACAACUCCAGAGGGAUACAAAAUCAUGAUUACCCACGCUGUAAGCACGGAGACCAAGCACUACGACAUGACAACACAGAUGAAGUAUUUUGUCAUGACACUGGAGGGGAGCUUGAUUGAUGAGGAUCUAGGCCCUGGGCACGUUAUUGUCUUUGACAUCUCGACUCUCACCACCGGGCAUAUCCUCAAGUUCAGUCCUGGAGGCAUCAAGAAGACAAGCAACUACCUGCAGGAAGGAAUACCUUUGAAGAUUCAGAAUGUGUUUCUGGUUAAUGCUUCCCCUCUGGUGGAUAUCAUGAUGAAAACUGCUAAACCCUUCCUGAACAUGGAUCUAUUGAAACGUACAUUCAUAUACAAAGCAGGAGAUUUAGAUAAGCUCUAUGAGCGAGUGCCCAAGGACUGUUUGCCGGAAGAAUAUGGAGGUGAACUGGGUCCUUCGGCUGCACUAAAUGAUGUAAACACCACUAAGCUCCGAAGACUAAAGGACAAAUUCGCUCAAGAGGAAGCCAUUCUGAAAACUCUCAAGGAAAAAUCAUAGCAAAUUAUUGUGCAUGACAACAAUUGUAUAUCAUGAUGCUUAUUAUGUAAAUCCUUUGAUGUCAAAGCAUACUUUUUAAACUUAUAUUAAAACUAAGGAUAAUUCAUUGUCAAAUAAUGUACUGACCCUAAAUUACUGCUUGCCAAUUUAUGGACGGCUAUGUGGCUUUUAAUGGUUAUAAAUCUUAUUAUUUAAAA